CCCCAAGAGGCGAGGCCGCGGCGGCCACCUGCCCUGCCCGGACGCCGCCGUUAGACUGGCCGGGCCGGGGUCCGGCUCUCGGUGGUCACGUGGGUGCAGACCAGCGUGCACCUGAGCCGCGGGUGUCACCUGGGCGUGACCGGGACUCCGCAGGGGGGCCACCCAGACCCGCGGGCACCUGUCUGCCAGCUGGCUGGAUCUCAUCUCAUUUUUACGGGCUAGAAAAUCUUAUCAGCUGUACCAGAAAGCAUUAGAAAAGUUAGCAGAUAAGCUCUUUGGAGGCAUAGACCAACCGAAAACCUUGCUCGGCAGGACCAGUCCACCAUGCCUGAGGUCAAGGACCUCUCAGAAGCCUUGCCGGACACCACCAUGGACCACCCUAUCACCGGCGUCGGGGUGGUGGCGUCACGGAACCGGGCCCCCACAGGCUACGACGUCGUGGCGCAGACGGCAGAUGGCGUGGAUGCUGACCUCUGGAAAGACGGCUUGUUCAAAUCCAAGGUCACCAGAUACCUAUGUUUCACCAGAUCAUUUUCGAAAGAGAAUAGUCAUUUAGGGAACGUGUUGGUGGACAUGAAGCUCAUCGACAUCAAGGACACACUGCCCGUGGGCUUCAUCCCCAUUCAGGAGACUGUGGACACACAGGAAGUGGCUUUCCGGAAGAAGAGGCUGUGCAUUAAAUUCAUCCCCCGGGACUCAACGGAAGCUGCCAUUUGUGACAUUCGGAUCAUGGGCCGGACCAAGCAGGCCCCUCCACAAUACACCUUCAUUGGGGAGCUGAACAGCAUGGGCAUCUGGUACCGGAUGGGCCGUGUGCCACGGAACCCCGACUCAUCGCAGCCCACCACGCCCUCCCCAUCAGCGGCCGCCUCCACGCCUGCACCCAACCUGCCCAGGCACAUCUCGCUCACGCUCCCCGCCACCUUCCGAGGCCGGAACAGCACGCGGGCGGACUACGAGUACCAGCACUCUAACCUCUACGCGAUAUCAGCCAUGGACGGCGUGCCUUUCAUGAUCUCAGACAAGUUCUCCUGCGUGCCGGAAAGCAUGCAGCCCUUCGACCUCCUGGGCAUCACCAUCAAGUCCCUGGCCGAGAUAGAGAAGGAGUACGAGUACAGCUUCCGCACGGAGCAGAGCGCGGCCGCCCGCCUCCCGCCCAGCCCCACGCGCUGCCAGCAGCCGCCGCAGUCCUGAGCGCCCGACAGGCCG